AUGGACAAAGGAAGAACUAAUCGAAUAAACAAAACAGAUUCAAAAUGUGACAAAAAGAGUGGUGUGCCUGUAAGUGUAAGUGACUCGCUAGUGUUAGAUCACAGCUAUGGCGGUGACGGCGAAGAUAUUCAAGUCGUUAGGGAAGAAGAGACAUAUUCGGUUCAGGAAGAUGAGAAAAGAAGUCAGUGGAGAGUGGGCAGACGUGUAGUUGAGCUGGGGGUCCUUGCCGAUGGUCUUAGCAGUUGCCAGUUAUGUGGACAGCCACUGCAAUUGUCGAAUUGUGUUGGGGAAAACAAAUUCGGCCUUGCCCAUGUAUUACUCAUCAAGUGCCAAUUUACAGACUGCAGACUUAUGAACGAGGUGCCAACAGAUAGUCAACAUCAGACACCAAAUGGCAGAAAUGCAUGGGAUGUAAAUACCAAACUAGCAGCAGGAAUGUUAAACGAAGGAUUUGGUGAAACACAUGUGAAUUCACUCCUGGCUGCUUUGAAUAUACCCAGUGUUUCUAGGAAGACCCUGAAGAAUAGAGAAAGAGAGGUCGGGCAACAACUAGGACAGAUGGCAGAAGAAACUUGUAAUAAAAGUCUACAGGAGGAGAUGAAAUUGUAA